AUCAGUGACGUUACGAUACGCGGCAAAGACAAAACGGAAAUACAAUUCUUUUCAUAUUUUGUAACUUUUUCAAUGAAAAUUAACUACUAAAAGAAUCUUGUAUCUUUUCCAUUAUCUUUUACAUAUGUAUAUUAAAAAUUAAAAUUUUAAGCAAAUCCUGUUUAAUCCAUAAUAGAAUCUUUUUUAGUGAAGCGUAUCGUUAGCUAUAAAUUUACACGUAUUUUAAAGUUUGUUGGUAAACACAACAUCUAAAUCAAAUGUAACGUUUUUUGUCCCGAAAUAGUAUAGGAUUUACAUUCCAUCCCUUAGUAAGCAGUCAGCAAUCAUAAAGAAAAGUUGAAAUGAUGGAAAGUUGGGAUCGUGAAUCAAACUCUAGUACAGAGUACUAUGAUGCAAUUGAAUUUCAAGAAGAGCAUAGCCCAAUAAACAAAUUCGGAAAAAGACGAAGUACAUCGUUACCGAACAUAAAUUUACAAGAGGAAGAAACACUGGAAGUUUCACCUAGAAUCGAUACGAAACCCAUAAGACCAGUUGCCGUUUUAAAGCAAUUAUAUACGUAUUCUGCAAUUAAAUCAAAUAUAAAGCGGUCAGCGUCAUUAGUAAAUAAAACGAGAAGAAAACUAAAGCCAUUUAUAACUAUAACACCUGCGACGCCAUUGUAAAUGUUAAAUUAAAAAGUGAGGAAAUAAUCUCUUUGCACGAAGUACCAAGCAGUUCCUUUACAUUAUGAGACAAAGGCGUCACAGACAUAACUAAUUUUCAUUUCUUCUAUCAUGAUACGUUAAACAUUGGCAAUAUAUACUUUGACGCUGGAAAGCGUUAUCGUCAAAUUAAACUGACGAACGAACGAAUUCGCCAAUGAGAGAGGACAUAAUAAGCUACUUACGUAAAUGGGAACCGUGAAUUUUAACAUGAAGGUGAAUUCCGUUUACGCGCUAGAAUGGCGCACGCGCAUUCUAUAUUGCGUAUAGGAAAUACGUAAGUACGUAGGGAGAGAGAGAGAGAGAGAGAGAGAAUGGGGAGGAAAAUCGAGAAGAGUAGCUGGAACGUCGAUGAACGAACCACCCCCGCGUGGUGGUCUCUUUUGGCGCGUGGGUGCUUCCAAGGUCAUCGCAAGAGCGAAACUGCUACGACGCCUUCGUCGCGACGCCCGCGCAUAAAGCGUGGGUGGAGACUAUAUACGCGUGUACUUAUGUAUAGCUAGCGCUACACGCCGUUUCAAUUCAUCGAACUGGUCCAUUCACGAAAAGUUUCAACUAUCCUAUCCUCGAAAAUUCAUGACACAACGAACGUUACAGCAGCCUUGGCCGAUCGAAACUUCCAAAUUUCUCUCAUAAUAAAUUUUGAGAUAUAUCGGACCUCGGUGCGAAAAAAAGCUCCCAACUUUCCUUCUGGAAAGUUGGCUACAUCGUGGUUUACUACAGUGUCUGUUGAUGGAAAGUUUGACGCUUCGAGAAAAAUUCGUUCCACCGAAUUUCGUCAUGGUGGUCAUUGGUGCAAAGUUUUGGGCAAAGAAAGGAAAGGUUACUCUAUAACGUAGAAUUUUACAUGAAAACUUUCGUUUCAAAGAUUCAAUCUUAUCGGUCGAUAAGCUGUUUAUAAAUGUAGCUAUCUGAUUGAAAAAAAUGUAUUUUUUUAUAUUUUUAAUAUUAUUAGAAUAUUUCAUAUACUUUGAACAUUUGUACUUUCCUGCAGAUUUCAAAAUUAUUAAAUAU